AUGCUUGUCCCAUCUCUUCACACACCCGUACCACCGUCGAUGCUGUUAUUGUAUGCCGUCUCUUUUGCACUUGUGUUGGCGUACAGCACACCUGUUGGGGACAUGACGGUGCGGCAUGUAAUUCCAUUACAACAGUUCCAGCGCCCGAAUUCAAAUUUAGAUAUGAAUAACGUAUUGAAGGGCGUAUCAGAGACAAGAAGCAGUGGAUCUGGUAAGGGUGGGAAUAAUAACAACAAUCAUAAUGGGAUGGGGACGGAUAAGGGAUCUAAUACACAUGGUGGCAAGAGGGGGGUGGAGGGGGUAGAGGAAAAAGCAAGACAGUUUGUGUGGCGGCAGCGUGUACGUGCGAUGCGGCAUGCCGAUUACAUGCGAAUUGAGACGCUGCAUUUUUUGAAACUCCUCUCAACGUCCAUUCCACGGCUACGACUCGUAUGGCGGGGAGAAGACUACUGUGCAUGGGAAGGAAUAACAUGCAUGGCGCUUCGUUAUCCAAUAGACACGCUUAUUGACAUGCCGCGCAUUCUUGCCAAGUCGCAGAAGGAAGGUGCCGGUGGGUCGGUUGGAGGGAUAAAGAAGGGCAGCGACGGGGUCCGACUCUUGCGGAACAUAGAUGAUGAUCCGGUUUUUACACUUGUGGGGGUGCAGCUGCGGGGCAUGAACCUCUUUGGUAUUCUGCGGGGGCUGCGUCCUAUUGACGCGUCACAACACGUCUCGCCGCUUUUGUCCUCUGCGGCGGCCACAGCAAUAAUGGAAAAGCGGUACAGUCGAGCACGACGUGAGGAAUAUCGGCAACGGCUGACGAUUACAUCCCCACGUGAGCCACAGUACUGGCCCUGGGAGGCCUCUGACAUGCAACUACAUGCUAAAAAAAUGAACAGAACGUACGAAAUGGUUCGAUACACGGUUCGGCGUAUAUUGAGGCGCCUGGAGCUGCGUGGGGAACGGGCAAAUCACCCGGACUUGCAGGGAUUUGCACUCUUUACAGGGCACGUUGUCUCCGCCACGAAUGGAGGGAAUAGUGUUGGUGGUGGUAGCAGCCCUACGUUUCAUGCAACGUCCUCCCCCAUGACAUCGUCCUUGUCGUCGUUAUCGUCCUCUUCUUCCUCCUAUUCAUCUGCAUCAUCCGCGCAGCAAUUGUUGUACGGCACUGGAGGCAAUUCAAGGGUCUUUCAUGAAACGUUUCUACCGCAGUUGACACGUCAGGACAUUGCAAAGACGGUUUUUGGGGAAAUUGAACCGAGGCUUGUCGGUGUUACACGCUUUGAUAUCUCGCAUAACCCCGGUAUAUCCGUGGCAGAAAAUUUACACUGGACAUUUCCAUACAUGCAGACAUUUAAUACCUUUGGCACGACGGUACAGCCGGCUGUUAAUAAUAAUAAUAAUAAUAAUAAUAAUAAUAAUAAUAACAGGGUGAGGAAAGAAAUGAAAGGUGAAAAGUGUCUGUGGAAGAGAAGAGAAUAA